GGGGGGGGGGGGGUCCCACUGGAAAUGCCCUCUGUGAGAAGGGAGGCGCUCAGAUCGUCCCAGGCACCGCUCACGGCUGACUUCUCUCCUGCUGUCCCUGCUCUGCAAAGCGGUAGAAGACCUUGAAGAUGAGGGUUUGGAUCGUCUUCCUCCUGUGCCUGGCCGGCCGCGCCAUGGCUGCUCCCACUGAGGAGGAGUCUGUCGUGGAGGAGCUCGUAACAGAGGAUCCAGUUGUUGAGGAGCCUGAGCUGGGGGUCAACCCAGUGCAGGUGGAGAUUGGAGAGUUUGAUGAGGCCAUUGAAGUUGAUGAAGACGUCGCUGCUGAGAAUCCCUGCCUGGAGUACCACUGCAAGAAGGGCAAAGUGUGUGAGGUGGACGAGAGCAACAGCCCCAUGUGUGUGUGCCAGGACCCGUCCAGCUGCGCCGCGGCCGAGGGAGAGUUUGAGCAUAUCUGUGGCACCGACAACAAGACCUAUGACACCUCCUGCCACUUCUUUGCCACCAAGUGCACCCUGGAUGGAACCAAGAAGGGCCACAAGCUGCACCUCGACUACAUCGGACCCUGCAAAUACAUCGAGCCCUGUCUGGACAACGAGCUGGGCGAGUUCCCCCUGCGCAUGAGGGACUGGCUCAAGAACGUUCUGGUGACUCUGUACGAGCGUGACGAGGACAACAACCUGCUGACAGAGAAGCAGAAGCUCAGGGUCCAGAAGAUCUACGAGAACGAGAAGAGGCUGCAGGCCGGCGACCACUCUCUGGACCUGCUGGCCCACGACUUUGAGAAGAACUACAACAUGUACAUCUUCCCCGUGCACUGGCAGUUCGGUCAGCUGGACCAGCACCCAGUCGACGGGUACCUGACCCACACGGAGCUCGCCCCCCUGCGCGCCCCCCUCAUUCCCAUGGAGCACUGCACCACCCGCUUCUUUGAGCAGUGUGACUCUGACAACGACAAAUACAUCGCCCUGGAGGAGUGGGCCAACUGCUUCGGCAUCAAGGAGCAGGACGUGGACAAAGACCUCAUCAUCUAAGCUCCUCCUUCCAGCAGCAGCAGUUUCUCAAGUCGUAGUCGCUACUAACGGGACACGGCGCUGAUCCCAGAAAAAUAACAGUAACGGUGCUAAUGACAAACUAUUUGUAUUUUGUUUUUAUAAUGACCUGUCGUUGCCUAAACCACUAAAAUAAGAUUAAAACGAGAGCCUACUAACAUCACGUGUUGCUGCGAAACACCCAGUAAGAAACUAAAGACCUCUGAUGUAAAUGUAUGUCGUUAACAAUAUUCUAUAUGUGCUGUGAUUUGUUCAGGGCUUUAAUUCGCAACGGAUUUGAAACAUAAUCUUUAGGUGACAAACGUGUAAAGUCAGAAAUAAAGUUUCUAAAUAAAUGCUCCCUCUGCUUGCUUUCUACAACA